AUGUCUAGGGUCAACUACGCCGAUCUUGAGAGGGGUAACUUCUCAGACGAUUCGUAUGAUUCGUACGAUGAAGAGAUUAGCUCCAAGAAGAACGCGGACGAUGACUAUGAGUAUGGUGGGCAGGCAAGGAAGAGAAAGCCAGGGGCAUCAAAGCAACGAACAUCCAAGAAGGCUGGUAAUGACAUGCCAGCUGCUGCUAACAAAAGAGUUAAGGUUCAGGAAGCUGUGGAGACCAUCAACGAUCAGCUUAGUGAUGAUGACUUUCCCAGUGAGCAGUUGGUAGAGGUGACCCCAGAGAUUCCUUCGGACUAUGUUCCAGAUGCCGUGUCAAAGGUAUUUGGCAGGCAAGACUUCUCCUACCUCAAGCUUAAACCAGACCACUUUUCACGUCCGAUUUGGAUUACCCCCACGGAUGGAAGAAUCAUCCUUGAGUCUUUCUCGCCUUUGGCAGAACAAGCACUGGACUUCCUCAUCACAGUUGCCGAGCCACGCUCUAGACCUUCCCAUAUUCAUGAAUACUCUAUCACAUCUUACUCCUUAUAUGCUGCUGUGUCUGUGGGUCUUGAACCAGAUGAUAUUAUUUCCGUCUUGACUAGAUUGUCAAAAACACCGGUCCCAGACUCAUUCUUGAACUUUAUUCGCCAGGCAACAAUAAAGUUUGGUAAGGUGAAGCUCGUUUUGAAGCAUAACAGAUACUUUGUUGAGAGUACUCAAGCUGAUAUCUUACAGAUGCUUCUAACUGACCCCGUCAUUGGUCCACUCCGUAUCACUCCAGAAAGCGAGAAGUCCGCAGCUGAUGCUGAUUCAUCCAAUAAGACUCAGGAUGCACAGGACGCAAAUAAAAAUAGUAGUGGAGAGGGUGGUGAUAAGAAGGUUGAAGAUAUAUUCGAUUCAGUUGUGGGAAAGAAGUCAGAGGAUGACGACGACGACUUGGAUGCGGUUCACUCAUUUGAGAUCGCGAGUGAUUCUGUGGAAAUCGUUAAGAAACGUCUUUACGAGAUCGAGUAUCCCGUUUUGGAAGAGUACGAUUUCAGAAACGAUAAAAGAAAUGCCAACUUGGAUAUUGAUUUGAAGCCUUCUACCCAAAUCAGACCUUAUCAAGAAAAGUCUCUUUCUAAGAUGUUCGGUAACGGUCGUGCUAGGUCGGGUAUUAUUGUGCUACCAUGUGGUGCCGGUAAGACGCUUGUUGGCAUUACUGCUGCAUGUACGAUCAAGAAAUCUGUUAUCGUUCUUUGCACUUCGUCUGUGUCUGUGAUGCAAUGGAGACAGCAGUUCUUGCAAUGGUGUACGAUUCAACCCGAGAAUAUCGCAGUCUUCACUUCCGAGAAUAAGGAGAUGUUCAGCAGUGAUGCUGGUUUGGUGGUAUCAACGUACUCAAUGGUGGCAAACACCAGGAAUCGUUCCCACGAUUCUCAAAAGGUUAUGGACUUCUUGACUGGAAGGGAAUGGGGUUUCGUUAUUCUUGACGAAGUGCACGUCGUGCCAGCAGCGAUGUUCAGAAGAGUUGUGAGUACAAUCGCCGCCCAUGCAAAGCUUGGUCUAACAGCCACCUUGGUUCGUGAAGACGAGAAAAUUUAUGAUUUGAAUUUCUUGAUCGGACCCAAGUUGUAUGAGGCCAAUUGGAUGGAACUUGCUCAAAAGGGACAUAUUGCUAACGUUCAGUGUGCCGAAGUUUGGUGUCCGAUGACAGCUGAAUUCUACCAGGAAUAUCUUCGUGAGUCCUCGCGUAAGAGGAUGCUUUUGUACAUUAUGAACCCCACCAAGUUCCAAGCAUGUCAAUUCUUGAUUCAUUACCACGAAAAGCGAGGCGACAAGAUCAUCGUCUUCAGUGAUAAUGUUUAUGCAUUACAAGAAUAUGCUCUCAAACUAGGAAAACCAUUCAUUUAUGGUUCAACUCCUCAGCAAGAGCGUAUGACGAUUCUUCAAAACUUUCAGCAUAACGAUCAAGUCAACACCAUCUUCCUCUCGAAAGUGGGUGACACUUCUAUUGAUCUACCAGAAGCUACGUGUUUGAUUCAAAUUUCAUCGCAUUAUGGAUCCAGAAGACAAGAAGCUCAAAGACUAGGGCGUAUUUUGAGAGCAAAGAGACGUAAUGACGAAGGUUUCAAUGCUUUCUUUUACUCGUUGGUCUCUAAAGACACACAAGAAAUGUAUUAUUCUACAAAGCGUCAGGCGUUCCUUGUUGAUCAAGGUUAUGCUUUCAAGGUUAUUACACAUUUAUCAGGAAUGGAACAACUUCCUGAUUUAGCAUAUGCCUCUGCCAGAGAGAGGCGAGAGCUCUUACAACAAGUCUUGCUUAAGAAUGAGGAUGCAGCAGGCGUUGAAGUUGGUGAUGACGAGGACACAAACUUUAUGCCAAAGAGCGGUCGUCCAAAAGCCGAAGCAAGUAGCGCUUCUAGAAGCGCUGGAUCUCUCGCUGGAUUGGCGGGAGGAGAGGACAUGGCGUACAUUGAGUACAGCAAAAACAAGAACAAGGAAUUAAGGGAACAUCAUCCUCUCAUUCAGAAGAUGUACUACAAAAAGAAGAAGUGA